ACCUAUCUGAUAAAGAUAGCUAUUUCAAGUUCGAACAAUGAAGCUUUUCUCAUGGUAGCGAAUAGUUUUAAUUCUCAUUUUGUAUUGGUUGCAUGUUUUCGAGGAGAAACCUGCUUUGCUUACGUGACGAUUUUUUUCUGCACCCGCGUUUAUUCUUUUCUAUGCAUGUAAAACGAUUCGCUUCGUUAACUCACCGACAUGGAUUCACGGCGUAGCAAAUAUACCAAUUAUCGCUACUCCAAUUACAUGCAAGAAGGCCUGGCAAUUCUGAAAAUUGGAUCUAGUGUUGAGUCUACAAAAUCUACGAAUAGUAGGACAAUCGGCAGGAACAAUAAUAUCCUUUACUUGGCCAAACGCGAGUCUGUUCCUAAAAAUUCGGCAGUAAAGCUGAAUAAGUCCCACGAUUCUACGACGUGGAAGCAUAACAAAUCUUUUGAAGAUAAAGGGAUACGAACAACAAAAAAUUUUAUUGGAAAACCCUGCUAUAACUUAGGGGAGAAAGGAUCCGGCUUCAGACCACGAGGGGAAGUCCAAGACUUCAACACCCUGAGACGAGAAUGCCUGGCGACGGGAAGACUCUUCGAAGAUCCUGAAUUUCCAGCCAAUGACUCGUCACUGUAUUUCUCCCGCAGACCGGAUAGAUACAUAGAAUGGAAACGGCCGAUGGAAAUUGCAGACGAUCCUCAGCUCUUCGUGGAGGGUUUCUCAAGAUUCGACGUUCAGCAAGGAGAGCUGGGAGACUGUUGGUUGUUGGCCGCAGUGGCGAAUCUGACCAUGCAUUCGAAUUUAUUCUUUCAAAUAGUGCCAGAGGAUCAGAGCUUCGAGGAAAAUUACGCUGGAAUCUUUCACUUCAGGUUUUGGCAGUAUGGUAGAUGGGUUGAUGUAGUGAUCGAUGAUCGAUUGCCCACCAGUCGUGGAGAAUUAGUGUAUCUUCAUUCGGCCGAGAAUAAUGAAUUCUGGAGCGCUCUUCUCGAAAAAGCAUAUGCAAAACUUCAUGGUUCCUAUGAGGCAUUAAAGGGCGGUACAACUUGUGAAGCCAUGGAGGAUUUCACUGGUGGAGUAACGGAAAUGUAUCAAAUGGACGAAACGCCACCGAAUUUGUUCAAUAUUCUCUUAAAAGCCUCUGAGAGAAACUCGUUAUUGGGUUGUUCUAUCGAGCCCGACCCCAACAUAGUGGAAGCUGAAACACCUCAAGGAUUAAUACGCGGUCACGCGUACAGCAUUACUCGCGUGAAGAACGUGGAGAUUCAGAUGCCAAAUCGAUAUGGUACCAUACCUUUAUUGAGGCUUCGGAAUCCUUGGGGAAACGAGGCAGAAUGGAAUGGGCCUUGGAGCGAUCAAUCGCCAGAAUGGAGAUUUAUCCCUGAUCACGAGAAAGAGGAACUUGGCCUGACAUUCGACAUGGACGGUGAAUUUUGGAUGUCGUUCCAUGAUUUUACUCGCCAUUUCACUCAACUCGAGAUAUGCAACUUGAAUCCAGACUCCUUAACGACGGACGACAUCAGCGCCGGGAAGAAACGCUGGGAGAUGAGCGUGUUUGAAGGAGAAUGGGUGCGCGGAGUAACAGCGGGUGGUUGCAGAAACUUUUUAGAGACCUUCUGUCAUAAUCCGCAGUACCGUAUUACUUUGGAGUCUCCAGAUGACGAUGAUGACAAAUGUACCGUAAUUGUUGCUUUAAUGCAAAAAAACAGAAGAGCGCAAAGAAGGAUGGGUGCUGAUUGCCUCACUAUCGGAUUCGCGAUAUAUCAUUUAGAUUAUCCGGAGAGACUGCCAAAACCACUAGAUAUUAAUUUCUUUAAGUACAACGCAUCUGUUGGACGGUCACCGGCAUUUAUAAAUUUACGAGAAGUUACAUGCCGUUUCAAAUUACCGCCGGGUGUUUACUGCAUAGUUCCGAGUACUUUUGAUCCAAAUGAGGAAGGUGAAUUCUUGCUAAGAAUCUUCUCUGAGAACAAGAAUAAUAUGGAAGAAAAUGAUGAAGAAGUUGGUGUUGGAGAAAUUGAUGAUAGGGUUCCCGAAGAACCUGAGCAAGAUCGCAAUAGCGAGAGAGUCCGAGAAUUCUUCAAGAAACUUGCUGGCGAUGAUUUAGAAGUGGAUUGGAUGGAACUCAAAGAUAUCCUAGAUUACGCUAUGAAGAAAGAGUUACCACAAUUGGCGCAUCGUAGCGAGGCACAUGUUCCCGAAACUGUUGAAGGAAAUGGUUCGCUUGUCGACACUCUCAUCUUACUGCUGUGCGGCAUUGUUUGUAAUAAUGAACAGUACAAUAAGCCCGUAGAGACUCACGAUAGAGGUUUCAGUAAAGAUGUAUGUCGCAGUAUGGUUGCUAUGUUAGAUGCAGAUCAUUCCGGCAAACUCGGUUUUGAAGAAUUUAAAACGUUGUGGAAUGACAUUAGAAAAUGGAAGGCUGUUUUUAAGUUGUACGAUAGAGAUGAAUCAGGAUAUUUAAAUGCAUUUGAAUUAAGACAAGCAUUAAAUAGCGCGGGAUACCGUUUAAAUAAUCAUAUUCUUAAUAUAUUGGUUCAUCGUUAUGGUACUAAAGACGGCAAGAUUACUUUCGAUGAUUACAUAAUGUGCGCGGUCAGACUUAAAACAAUGAUUGGUAAGUGA